CGGUUACCCGGCCAGGUUACUGCUGCGGGGGUAAAUAUAGACGCAGCUCUGCCCCUCAGUCUCCGUCCUUCAGCAGCACAGAGCAGCACCUCACAAACACAGACGGACCCUGGAAGGAGAGACAACAAGGCAGCUCUCUCUCUCUCUCUCUCUCUCUCUCUGUGGAUCUCUCUCUCGCUCUCUCUAUCUCUCUUUUUAUCCGUGAAUCUCUACAUUUCUUCCUUUGUUUCUCUCUACUGGACUCAUGAUGUAGUAUCCAGCAGACAAAUGGAAUAGAAACAGAGAGGCUUUGGCAACCCGUCUUGUGAUGGAGGAGAGUGGGAAUGAGCGCGAGAGGCGGAUGGUGACCUCUCUCGAGUGCCUGGAGGACUUCCAGGAUGACCCACAUGACAUUGAUUCCAGCUGGUCCUGGAGUCAGACCAUGAACUACGUGGGGCAGCUGGCGGGGCAGGUGUUCGUGCAGGUGAAGGAGCUGUAUCGGGGACUGAACCCAGCCACGCUCUCAGGCUGUAUCGACAUAAUCGUGGUGCGGCAGCCGGACAGCUCUCUGCAAUGCUCCCCUUUCCACGUCCGAUUCGGCAAGAUGGGCGUGCUGCGCUCCCGGGAGAAAGUGGUGGACAUAGAGGUGAAUGGAGAGCCUGUAAAUUUGCACAUGAAGCUGGGAGAGAACGGAGAGGCCUUCUUCGUCACGCAGACGGAGAACGAUCAGGAAGUGGUGCCGUCGUACCUGGCCACCUCCCCCAUACUUUCAGAUGCAGCGGUGUUGAUGGGCUCCUCCGUCCAGAGCCUGGGGCCAUCACUGUCCGGCACUGAAAGCAGUGCAAUGAAAAAGAGGAGGAAGAGGAGGAGGAAGUCUAAAAUGGACAGUGUGAAGAGAGAACCCAGCGCUGAGUACUCGGAGGACGAAGAGGUCUUCACCAUCGACAUAAGCUGUAACGGAGGGGCUGACCACCCUGCUGACCGCAACAGGGACAUGAUCAAUGACGACUUCUCCAGCGUCUCUUCCAAGCAGAAUGUUUAUGCUCGCUCUGAUGGAGACUGGAGCCCUAUGCACAGUCCUAAUGUCUCUCGCCCCUGUUCGCCUAAGAGCGAUUCUGAGCUGGUCACUAAAGCCGGUGAAGAGAAGCAGCAGAACCCGGCCAUGUUGUGGGCUUGGGGGGAGCUGCCCCAGCCGUCCUUCCUGCCGUCGAAGCCGGGUUCCCCGGCUGUGUGUCCCGUCUCCAUACCCGUUUCCCACAGCACACACUUCAAAGUCAUCCCCGACGCCUCGGCCGCUACCAAGCACAGCCGCGGUGACAACACGACGUCCCUACGCCUGUUCAUCCCCACGCCGACCACAGCCGAGGGCACAGGCUCGGAACACGCAAUGAGGAUGGGCUCGAAUCACAGAGGGGGUGGGGCCGAGAACACCACAGAAGGGGAUGAGCCAGCGGGAGUGCAGAACGGGGUUCAAGGACAGGAUCCAUCGGCAGCAAGAACAAACUCAGAGACUACGGCGAUGUUAGCGGCACGUUUAGUGUCAGAAGUUGAGGAGGGAGCUGUAGCAGCCGUGGGAGCCGUCCAGCAGAGCAAGACCGAUUCACCAUCCAAACGAAAAGAUAAGAGAAGCCGGCAUCUUGGUUCUGAUGGCGUUUACCUGGAUGACAUCACAGAGCUGGAUCCGGAAGUAGCUGCUCUGUACUUCCCCAAAAGUGAAAGCAGCGGCGCAGGGCGUGUGUGCUGUGAAAACACUGUGCGCAGUGUGAGCAUGUCUCCUCAGUCUGUGGGCAGCUCAGGAGCAGACAGCGGAGUGGACAGCUACUCCGAACAAACCACCGACCUGCCCUCCAUCGCCCUCUCUCUUUGUGGAGGACUCACUGACAGCAGGGAGAUCACUAAAGAGCACUUUCAGGAGAAGGCUGUUUCUUACAGUCAGUUCGCUGCCAACCCCGCCCUCAUAGACGACCCCAACCUGGUGGUGAAAAUCGGCUCCAAGUAUUACAACUGGAGCACUGCUGCACCCAUCAUGCUGUCCAUGCAGGUCUUUCAGAUGCCACUGCCAAAGGCCACCAUCGAGAGCAUCGUGAAGGAGAAGAUGCCGAGGAAAGGAGGGCGCUGGUGGUUCUCGUGGAGAGGGAGAGGGAGCAGCUCCAAAACGGAUUCUGCCUCUGUGAAUGGAGCUGCUGGAGGAGCAGAGCAUGCUGGGAAGCAUGCCACCAUCAGCAGGCGGAAAGACGAAUCCUCCUCCAGUGACGAAGAUCAUCUGUCAACCAAACAGACGACCAGCAGCUCCACCCAAUCAGAAAGCCUUCUUUCUCAAGGGGGCGUGUCUUACAGGAAGACCCUCCGCCUGACAUCUGAACAGCUGGCCAGUCUGCAGUUGAAGGAGGGUCCCAAUGACGUGGUCUUCAGUGUCACUACUCAGUAUCAGGGCACAUGUCGCUGUGAGGGAACCAUCUACCUGUGGAACUGGGACGACAAGAUCAUCAUCUCAGACAUCGACGGCACAAUCACCAGAUCUGACACUUUGGGACACAUUCUGCCCACUCUGGGUAAAGACUGGACCCACCAAGGAAUCGCCCGCCUGUUCCACAAAGUCAGCCAGAACGGCUAUAAGUUCAUGUACUGUUCAGCGCGGGCAAUAGGCAUGGCUGGAAUGACCAGAGGUUACCUGCACUGGGUGAAUGAGAGCGGCACCAUGCUGCCCCAGGGACCCGUACUGCUCAGCCCCAGCAGCUUGUUCUCCGCACUGCACCGGGAGGUCAUUGAGAAGAAGCCCGAGAAGUUUAAGGUGGAAUGUCUGACCGACAUCAAGAACCUCUUCUCUCCGAACACACAGCCCUUCUAUGCUGCUUUCGGUAACAGAGCCACUGAUGUGUACUCGUAUAAGGAGGUUGGCGUUCCUCUGAACCGAAUCUUUACGGUCAACCCAAAAGGGGAGCUGGUACAAGAGCACGCCAAGACCAACGUGUCCUCGUAUGUGCGUCUGGGAGAGGUGGUGGAUCACGUGUUCCCCCUGCUGAGGAGAUCCAGCUCCUCAGACUUCCCCUGCAGCGACACCUACAGCCACUUCAACUUCUGGAGAGAGCAGCUCCCUCUAGUGGACAGCCAGGAGUGUGCAGGCAAAAUCAGCAGCUGAAGCUGAGAGCGGCCACUGCAGACACACACACACACACACACACACACACACACAAAGCAGAACAUCUCAGUUAUCCACAUAACAAAACUCUGGGUCCCGUUUUUGUUUUUUUCUCAAUGUAAAUCUAAAAUAAAAACUAUACUGGGAUCUGCUGCACUAUGUUGGAGCCAAGCUAACGAGGGUGUAUAUUCACAGUGCGCAGGUUGUUUUAUUGUUAUUGUUAUAACAGAAAAGUGGACAACUGACCCAUAAAAUAACCCCUUACAACCUCUUAUUUAAUUUUUUGUUUUUAUUUUAUAAUUUUUUUUUUUAAAGGCAUUAAAAGUGCCAAAAUAAGAACAGGCUUCUUUUUUUCGGUUUUUAUUGUUGAAACUAAGUUGAACAUCAGUGAAUAUCGGAAGGUGCAAGGACAGGCAAAGCUAACCUAAACGGAGCAAUGCUGCUUUGUGAAAUAACCACAUGACAAAUCGUUUUAGCUUUUAAUUCAAAGUUACUUUGACGUCAGAAACGUCACUUUUUUAACGUUACAGUUCUUCUGACACGAGAAAAAGAUCAUUGGCUUUACUGUUUUUCAACUAAACACGCACAAACACACACAGAGCUGCACGUCUUAAAGCCCCAGCGAACCUAAAUCCGUGUCUAUACAUGCACACAGGGAAUAUAACUCGGGAAUUCAGUGUCCAGUAAAUGACCAAUGCAUUUGGGCGAUCCUAAUCUUAGUGUGUAGUGUGUACAAAACAGUAUCCUCACCAAUCACGAGGCUGAUGUGGGCUGCUUAACAAAACGCUGUUCACGUUACCAUAAGAAAGCUGAAAACUAGCCUAGCAGGCAUAGGCAGCGGCGUAGCAGGACUGAGGGCUGUCGGUCACGCUCAUUAGAAUAUUAGGCCACGCCCACACAGUUCUCAAACAGGUCUGAUCAGCAUUGUUUAAGCCAUGUUAUAGUACAUCUGUCUCAAUUUUAGUAUCAUACCAACAUUUUUAAUCAUUUACAGUGUUCACUGGGACUUUAAGUCAUACAGUGACCAGCCCCUUAAUUAAGGACGUGUCCAUACAGACUGUAGUCCCUCUGUUUCUCUGCUUACUUUGUUCUCCUUGCUCCUCAGCGGUCAGGACCGCCACAGGACCUCCACACGGCAGGUAUAAUUUUUCUGGUAGGUCAUUCUCAGCAACACAGAUGUGGUGGUGGUGUGUUAGUGGAUCAGACUCAGCAGUGCUGCUGGAGUUUUUAAACACUGUGUCCACUCACUGUCCACUCAGACGCUCGAACCUUGUCAGUCCACCUUGGAGAUGUAGAGUCAGAGACGACAGCUCAUCUGCCGCUGCUCGGUUUGUGUUGGCCAUUCUCUAGUCCUAGGUCACAGGACGCUGCCCACAGGACGCUGUCGGCUGGAUCUCAGUCCAGAAGUGACCCUGAGGUGUUUGAAAACUCCAGCAGCACCAUUGUGUCUGAUCCACUCGCACCAGUGCAACACACACUAACACACCGCCACCACGUCAGUGUUGCUGAGAAUGAUCCACCACCCAAAUGGUACCUGCUCUGUGAGGGUCAGAAGAACAGGGUAAAAGGGGGCUAACGCAGUAUCAGAGAAACAGAUGGACUACAGUCUGUAACUAUAGAACUACAGAGUGCAGCUAUAUGGUCAGUAGAGUUGAUUAAAUGGACAGUAAGGGUAGAAACAAGGAGUGGCCACUCGGUGAAUAUACGUUUGUACACACACACACACACACACACACACACACACACACACACACACACACACAUACGGGUAUGUACAUGCAGUGCACCUCCUCACCUAAGCAUAGCAGCACUUUCACCUCACUUCUCCAUAUUCCUGUGUCUGCAGACAGUUCAGAAGCGUAUUGAGCCCUUUCAGAGGCUCCUCCUGUACACGAAUGUGUGAAAGUUUCAACUGGUGCCAAAGCACAAGCUUUAAGUUCAAACAUGUCACUGCUGUCGGAAACAAAACCUCGUAUCUCCAAAACCGUAACUUUACAGGAGAAGGAGAAAACCUACUUUACUUUUAAUGAAAGUCAAUGGAACCAGACGUCUUUAUGACAUUCACACACGAUGUAGAAGACAACAGGCCUUUUCAAAUUAUGUCCAAAACUGAAAAAUGGAGAUGCAAGGUUUUCUUCCGACAACAGCGAUGCACACUGGUUGGGUAGUUUUAGAAACCGGUAGACUGUUACUGCGCAGAGAUUCGGUUCCUGAUGCUUUACUGGAAUUACAAUCACAAAGGGCUCAAUGUAGCACUUUAUGUACUGUACAACAGAACUUGUAAGCGGGAUAAAAGCAGUAGGAUCAGCUUUAAUCACUGUAGUUAAUGAGAGUCAGUAGCAGAAUGUAUCUAGAUGUGGUGCCAGUGGAGUCGCAAUAUGUCCAAAAGUUUGUAGACACCUGCUUAUUCAGUGUUUCUUCUGAAAUCAAGGGAAAUAAUAGUGAGGUUGUGCUGCAGUAAUAGGCUCUACUCUUCUGGAAGGCUUCCCACUAGAUGUUGAGGAUUUGAUUGAGCAUCAUUGAGGUCAGUGGUAUUGGAUGGUCAGUUCUGGAUCACUCCAGCUCAUCCCGGAGGUAUUGGAGCUCCAUCACUCCAGAGAAGACAGUUCUACUGCUCCACAGCCCAGUGCUGGGGAGCUUUAUACCCCUCUAGCACACACUUGGCACUGGUGACCUUGUCCUCGUGUGUGGCUGCUUCAAAGCGUCCCAUCACUCAUUAGAAGAGGUGUAUGGAUACUUUUGGACAUAUAGCGUACGUCGGAUCUGAUAUUGGCUUUAUCCGCAGUCGCUCACUGGCGCCACCUUCUGGACUUCAUGAUUUGCAGCUUUAAUGUUGUGUAGUUGCUCAUUUGUGGUGACCCAUGGUUUAAAUUCAUCAGUUAUUAAUGUAUUUGAAGAGUGCAUGAUUUUUAUGGUGCGUUUGGGGGAAAAAAAAACCCUGUUUAUCAAAAGAAUUCCUGUUACAUUGAGAGGAUUUUUUCUGUCUGGAAAGUUUUGUAUGAAUUUUUUCUUGUGAUUUCAAUGUUUCCAUCCAGCUGUAUGUAACAUUGCACUGAAACCGAGAUGUAGCUGUUAUGAAUUCACCAAAAGUAUUGAAAUGGUGAGGUAUUCCGUAUAAAAUGCUGCCAAUUACAUUUCAAUAUGUGUGCAUACGUGAGUGUGUAGUUAUGCUGUGUGCAAUCGUAACUCAGAAUAUAUUUGCAUAAAUUAUAAUGUUAUAAAGCCUGACACCAAACUUUUACCGGUUGUUCCCAUACAGUGGAAAAUAUCCUCAAAUGUCAUGUUUUGUGUUAUUUAUUCAGUCGCGCGUAUUGAUUGACAUUUCCGCCGUCCGUUGAUUGGCCAGUUGGUUAGAGUUGGACAGUGAAAGAGGCCUGAAUGGCGUUCAGACUGAAACGUGUUACCGAUGUGUGUUGCAGGAAACAGAAACUUUAUUUUCUUAGUUUUUUAAAUGCCUUUGCGGUUUAUCGACUAGAUCUGUGUGGUUUUAUGGUUUCGAGACCACUGGAUCAUCUAAUAUUCUUUCUAUGAAAGAUCAGUAGGUCGGUGGCUGAUUAUUGUUCUCUCAUUUCGGCCACUGAUAUCACUCGUUAUGAUUUAUUCUGGAGCUGUGAUAUUUGUUGGCCAGUCUUACACCAUCUCUUUCUUUCUGUUCAAUAAAAUACAAUAAAUGAAAGUAAAACUA